GUGGAUUGCCCGCGCACUGCGCAGUACUUUAGAAGGUAUGUAUGCACGUCAUGUGCUCGUGACUCGAGCUCGCCGUCGCUCGCGUCCCACCCACUCAGCACUGCCACCAGGUCGUCCCACUCUCAGUCCUGCCUACUCUCCGUCUUCGCCUCCAGAUAUUCUGGAGAAUAACGGCAUUGCUGUUGCCUUACUGCAGUCCUCGCCCUCUGCUCAAUGCCACGCUUGCCGGCGGAACUUCUCGACCUCAUCCUCGACCAUCUAUACCACUGGCAGGAUGAGCCGACCAUUAGUGCAUGCGCAUUGGCCGGUCGCGCGUUGGUCUGCGCCUCCAGAGCCCACCGAUUCCGUGAUAUAGCGGUCUAUUCUGUUGCAAGAGCAGAAACGUUCCGCGACCUGUGCGCGGCUUCUGGGGACCUAGGCUUGCUUGUCCGGCACUUGACGCUCUUCCCUAGUACCCGUCCUCGUCCCUUUUUCUUAGUUCGCGACAUGUUUCAGUGUCUCCCGAGACUACCACACGUCGUCGAGGUGACCCUCCUUGGGCUCACGUUAAUUGGGGACACCGUUCGGGUCGGCGCGCUGCGUUCCAUACAGUCAAAAAUACCGUCGCUCAGGCAUCUAUGUCUUAUUAUUUGUAGCUUUAAACCCCGUCAAGUGUUCGCGGACGCUGUGUCAUUCUAUCCCUCCCUCGACUCGAUUACCGUAUGGUCGAGCACGAUGACGUGUUCGACGUCUGAGCGAUCGCCAUCAGUCCUGUGUGGAGUGUAUCUUCAUUUCACCGGACAUCAACUCGCUCUUAUGCAGCUGCAACUGCGUCUCUUAUGGUGGUUCAUUGAACAACCGGCGCCGGAAGCAUCAUCUCAUAUGCGGAGAGUCUGCAACAGUCACUUGACCGACCUGCUGACAGGCAUCUCUCAUGUCUUUGUGGGGUACAUGAAUCUCCAACAUCUGGACCUAGUAGUGGACUGGUUAGCGUUGAGAACGUUGAAAGACCGUCCCGACGACACGCCAUGGCCCCUGUCUGCGUGCAAGAAGUUGCAGACCAUUACGCUGCAUUUCGUCAUCAGCUCGAAGCGUUGGACCAAGUACCCUCAUCUGUCCGACAUCAACACGCUGCUCGCAGAGCUCAACUCUCGCUCAUUGACGACGAUCACUCUGGCUGUCCAUACUGCGAUCAUGCGGGACGUGCAUGCCCCUUCGGUCGAGGCGAGGGACGUACAAUGGGAGGAGCUGUGCGCCUUGGACUGGAGGGGUAUCGAGACGCAGCUUCUGCGACCGAAGCUUGCAGGGCUGAAGAAGUUCGUCGUUUACGGAGGAGGAGGCGACAAGUCCUCUCUGCGUUCGCACCUCGAGGAACAGUGCUCAGGGCUGCUUGAGCGCAACCUCAUUGAUCUGGCAUGACCGCAGACGUUCUGCACAGCAAAUUCACCACAUAGACGAUGUAACCGAUCGUGCGCGACGGCCGAUGUUCACGGCCUCAAUAUUUUAUUUGCGAGGACCACUGCCGAUAGAAAGUAUAGAAAGUCUGUCGACAGGCGACUGCGACAAGGGAUCGAUUGGUGGUGGAAAUAGCGACUUCAACGUCUCGUGUAUGGAACGAGCUGU